GGCCAGAAUUAAUUGAGGGACUUAAAGAAACGCUUUGGAGAAAAGCUUUGCCUGCAAGAUUAAUUAGAUGCUGGUAAGGAUUAGUAAGACAAAUUCAAGUUGGUUUGAUGGAAAGAGUGGUUGAUUUGGAAUGAGAAAACUCGGAAAUGCAGCUCCAUUUUCUGGGUGACCUUGAGCAAGCUCUUGCUCAAAUUCAGCUUUCUAUUUUGGAAAAUGCAGCUGGCUGCUUAAGGAAGAUAACAUCCACCAGGCGCCUGGCCCAGAAAAAGAGCUCUGUAAGUGGUAGGUGAUCCUGUCUAAUCAAUGCCAAUUAUAAGCGGGCACCUGAAAGCUUUCAUCCUUCACUGCCACCAGAGGCUACAAUGCUGAUAAUGAAAAUUGCCUGGAGAAGAACCACGACUCUUAAAAAAAAAUCUAGAAACGCCAAACUGCUUUUCCAGCAGUCCUUGUCCACAAAGUCCCGCCCUCGCUGGGCCCUCUGGUUCUGCCCCUUAGGAAGGCUCCAUCACCUGCGGAGGCCCAGAGAGCCCGGGGAUGCAGAGGGAGGAGGACCCGGAAGCCCAGCCUGGCGGGAGGCAGCGGCCGCCGCCGCGCGUUGCUGGGCAGGUGCCCUGGCAACCCCGGAACGCGCCUCUGAGGGAGGAGCAGGCCUUGGGCGCUUGGGUUCCUCCGCUUGGCUUCUGGCAGUUCCGAAGCCGGCUGGUGCGUUGAUGUUGGCUGCAUCCGCCUUGGAGGUCCCGAAGCGUAGAGCCAGACCUCCACCGGGGGGGAAGGGCUGAAGACCCAGCGUGGAAGGGAAGGAACAUCUCGGUGGACAGGGCGAGAGCCGGGCGGAGGUUGCUUCUAAUAGUUAAAAUCCAUGCUGUGCAUAGCUGAGUCCAUGGACACUGGAAGUGAUCCACAGGGCUGUCAUUUCCCCCCCAUCUACACAGCGAUCUGCAGUAGAGAGCUGGAGAAGGUUCAAGAGAAAGGAGACAUUGGCAUGACCACAGUAGAGAAGAGAUGCAGUACUAAACGCAAUGAUUUUCUGGAAUCUCAGGGAGGCUUUGCCAACACAACAUCCUCUGGCAGAAGUGUCAGCCCCUCAUCUUCUGUUGAAAAGGGUCUAAGUGUCAAUGGGUCUGCUCAUCUAGGCCCUGCUGCAGAUUUGGAUCUGAAAUCCUCCUCCUCACAUUCUGAUCACUCUUCUGAAACCUCAUUGCCUGAGGUCCCAAAGGAUAAAUAUCCCCAGGAAUUCAGCCUGCUUCAGUUGCAGACAAAAGAUGGGCAGCGUCCCGAGUGGACAUUUUACCCACGGUUUAGCAACAAUAUCCACACCUACCACGUUGGCAAGCAGUGCUGCUUUAAGGGGGUCUUCCUCGGCAAUAGGAGGUCUCUAUCAGAAAGGACGGUGGACAAGUGUUUGGGGAAGAAGAAAUACGAUAUUGAUCCCAGGAAUGGAAUCCCAAAGUUAACUCCAGGAGAUAAUCCAUACAUGUGCCCAGAACAGAGUAAAGACUUCUACAAAGCAGGAUCAACUCUCCCGCCAGUGAAUUUUUCAAUAGUGCCUUAUGAAAAGAAACCUGAUACAUUUAUUCCACUGGAGCCUCUUCCACAAAUUCCCAGCUUGCCUUUCUGGGUGAAGGAGAAGGCCAACAAGCUCAAGAAUGAGAUAAGAGAAGUCGAGGAACUUGAAAAUUGGCAGCCGGCGGUCCCCUUCCUGCACAGUUUGCUACCUGCCGGUGGGUCAAAGGACCAUCAAAAAAUAGUAUAAAAGCUGGAGUGGAGCUCAGAAGAGCAGGCUUUUCAGAGGCUUUGCAAUAGAGAGAAGAGAGGUAGCGCCUCCCCCAGCGCAGAUUCGCAGAUGUCAUGGCUGCAGGUCGUCAUGGAGUGUGUGGUUGAGAACUAUUAGUCUUGUAAUGGAGCACAGCCUUUAACGUCAGGCCUCUAUCCGCAGGUUCUUUGGACUUUUCAAGACAAUCCUGAACAGGGACAGGUUGAGAAAUCACGCACUGUCUUCUGGAGAGCCUCUUCCAGUUGAUGGCUUCUGUCAGCAUGACUGUCCUAAAUCAAAUGUUUGACUCGAAUGUGGAAUCACUGUGUUUUGCCCUUUUUAACUUUCUAUUUUGGAAACUUUCUUUCCUUCCUUCCUUCCCUCCUUCCUUCCUUCCUUCCUUCCU